GAAAGAUGGCGGACCUGGCUCCGGCUUCUUCCUCCCCUGAGCGCGGCGACCGCUAUUGCCUGGUGAGCUGCGUUCCAGCCCAGCUGCGCUCCGCCGAUCUCCGCUCCUACUUCAGCCAGUUCAUCGAAGCCGGCGGCUUCCUUUGCUUCCAUUAUCGGCAUCGCCCCGAGCGGGAAGAGCAGCUGGGCGGCCCUUCAAGGCCAGGAAGGCGGACCUGCUGCUGCCUGGUGGCGGUGAAGCCCGGGUGGUCUCUCCGCUUGGUUCGCAUGUAUUCCGGCAAGCGAUGGAUCGACGCGCAGGGGGAGACGCUGCCUGGCCGGUGCGUCAUACGAAGGGUCCGGAUUUCCCCAGACACAGGUAUUAAGAGAGCGGAGGGGAGGCCCUGGGGUGCCCGUCCUGGCAGUGGUGAUACUGGUUUAUUUUGUUAUAAAACCAAAAAGGAGCUCCAUACUGUAUCAGGAGAAGUUUUCACUCAGGAUGAUUUUGAACGACUCCCUGAACUGAAUCCUCCCGCAGUAAUGCCUCAUGGAAACGUGGGAACUCCAUUACGAGUCUUCUUAGAGCUUAUCAGGACUUGCCGAAUGCCCAGCCGUGUAAUUAAAAAGCUGCAGUUACGGUUCCCUAAAUCUGGCUCAUCUCGCAGGUACGGGAAUGUACCAUUUUCAUACGAGGGAACAGAUACUAUUGAAGAAGAGGAGCGAGUUUACACAGGUACGGGAGAAGAAAUAACAGAAGGAGGCCACUUGCCACAUGUAGAGUUAGUAAAUCAAGAUGGUGAUGCAGAAGAGAGAGACCCCGAAGAACCAGAAAAGAAAGAAACGGAUGGCUCUGAACUGGAUUGUGAGGAUGAUGAUAGAUGUGAAGAGUGGGAACGGCAUGAGGCCUUGCAUGAAGAUGUCACCAGCCAGGAACGCAUAAAAGAACGCUUGUAUGAGGAGGAAAUUGAACUAAAGUGGGAGAAAGGAGGCUCUGGGUUGGUCUUCUACACAGAUGCACAAUAUUGGCAAGAAGAGGGAGCAGAUUUUGAUGAAGAGACAGCUGACGAUUGGGAUGUCGACAUGAGUAUCUACUACGAGAAAGAUGGUGGUGACAAAGAUGCUAAAGAUUUGGUACAGAUGCGAUUUGAACAGAGACUCCGGGAUGGUGUAGAAGAUGGGUCUGUCCUGGGUCAACGAAUUGGGAACUUUGAAAAAUAUACCAAGGGCUUUGGCCGAAAAGUGAUGGAAAGACAGGGCUGGACCGAAGGUCUUGGCUUGGGAAGCAGCAGCUCGGGAAUGGCUGAAGCCUUAGACAAUGAGGGCCGGAAUCCCCGAUGCAAAAGAGGUUUGGGGUAUCAUGGUGAGAAACUCCAGACUUUCAUCAAACCCAAGAAUCCACGUAGGGACAGCUACGCUCUCAUUUCUACCAUCUAUGAUGACCCUCAUCCUGUGGACUCAGAAGAUCAGCUUCUUCGGCGUCAGCUGCCAAUCAGUAUGAAGUACCGGCAAGAGGUGUCUUUUGUCCAAGCCAGGCACGGCAUGCAGGAGAAUUCCAGUUCUGCAUGAAGGACUGGCCAAGAAGGAAGGACUUUCCGAUUGUGUCAGCUUUUCCAAUGGACAAUUUUUUUCAUAUAAUUUUAUUACUGUACAUUAGCAGACAAAAGAGGUAUAGCAAAGCCAGAGCAGGUUUUAAUUAUUUAUAUUAAAAGAAAAAUACCCGAUACUGCUUCUUGAUACUUUACUAUAAAAUUAAUUGAAAGGUAAUUGGUGAUCCCACCUCUGCAGAU